AAAACGCUGUCCUAAAUUUCAAUCAGCAGUGUUCCAUCUCAGACAAGCACGCGCUCAUAUCGCCCCCCUCCCUACUCCUGUCCUCUCCUCCUUUAUUGCUAAACCCCAUGUCCGGUCUUCCAUUAUAUUAUAUUAUAUUAUAUUAUAUUACUUAACCAUAUCCACAUAUAACCCCAUCGCACGGCGCAAAUUGCAGACUCCCCAACUUCGCCCCCCGCACUGCAAACUUCUACGGACGCAGAGCGGUUGGGGCGCGGAAGCAAGGCGGAGGUCUGAUUCUCUUUGCUAGUGAGAGUUGCUGUAUGUCAGUGGACUGCUACAGCGACAACUCCCACGGCGAGCUUGCGAACCCUUUGCGAUGGCCACAGUUACGGAUAAAGCGACGUCUUGCUGCAACAUUUCCACUCCCAAAAUGCCUCUCCCUCCGCCGCCUCCGCCCCCGUCGACCACGUCCACUCCGCCGCCUCUGCUGCGCAAGCCCACCGCCAUAUUUGACGAUUGGGGCGACGUCACCGCCUCCGACUCGUCCGGGAAUCAGAUUCCCAAGAGAUCGGCGGCCGUGGCGGCCAUGAUCCACCCCGUCGAGACCCUCCCCCCACCGGCUUCAAAUACCACCAAAGGGAUCCCAAUUAUGUCAAAGGCUCAAACGAGCCAUCCUUUGGACCCUUUAUCUGCAGCUGAAAUUUCUGUGGCAGUGGCAACUGUGAGGGCAGCUGGAGCAACUCCUGAGCUGAGGGAUAGCAUGCGGUUUGUUGAGGUGGUUCUGUUGGAACCGGAGAAACAUGUCAUUGCAUUGGCAGAUGCAUAUUUCUUCCCUCCAUUCCAGCCAUCUUUACUUCCUAGGCUGAAAGGUGGGCCAGUAAUUCCUAGUAAACUCCCUCCAAGGAAAGCUAGAGUUGUUGUCUAUAACAAAAGGUCAAAUGAGACAAGCAUAUGGAUUGUUGAACUAUCAGAAGUUCAUGCUGCAACUCGAGGUGGACAUCACAGGGGCAAAGCCAUUUCUUCGAAAGUUGUUCCUGAUGUUCAACCUCCAAUGGAUGCUGUGGAAUAUGCGGAAUGCGAAGCUGCCGUGAAGGACUUUCCUCCAUUUCAGGAGGCAAUGAAGAAGAGAGGAAUUGAGGAUAUGGACCUAGUGAUGGUAGAUCCAUGGUGUGCAGGUUAUCACAGUGAAGCUGAUGCUCCUAGUCGCAGGCUUGCUAAACCCCUUAUCUUCUGUAGAACUGAGAGUGACUGCCCAAUGGAAAAUGGUUAUGCUCGCCCAGUUGAAGGGAUUUACAUAGUUGUUGAUAUGCAAAAUAUGGUGGUGGUCGAGUUUGAAGACCGUAAACUUGUACCUCUUCCACCAGCAGAUCCAUUGAGAAACUACUCUCCUGGUGAAACACGAGCAGGUGUGGACAGAAGUGAUGUGAAGCCUCUACAUAUCAUUCAGCCAGAAGGUCCAAGUUUUCGUGUCAGUGGGCACUAUGUUGAAUGGCAGAAGUGGAAUUUUCGUAUUGGUUUCACUCCUAGAGAGGGUUUGGUUAUCUAUUCUGUUGCAUAUGUUGAUGGUAGUCGAGGUCGGAGAUCUGUUGCCCAUAGGUUGAGUUUUGUUGAGAUGGUGGUGCCCUAUGGAGAUCCAAAUGAUCCACAUUACCGGAAGAAUGCAUUUGAUGCAGGGGAAGAUGGGCUGGGUAAAAAUGCACACUCUCUUAAGAAGGGUUGUGACUGUUUAGGCUAUAUAAAAUACUUUGAUGCCCAUUUUACAAAUUUUACUGGAGGAGUUGAAACGAUUGAAAAUUGUGUCUGUUUGCAUGAAGAGGAUCAUGGAAUCUUAUGGAAGCAUCAAGAUUGGAGAACAGGUUUAGCAGAAGUUAGGCGGUCUAGACGGCUAACAGUUUCAUUUGUAUGUACUGUGGCUAAUUAUGAGUAUGGAUUCUAUUGGCAUUUUUAUCAGGAUGGUAAAAUUGAAGCUGAGGUUAAGCUGACAGGUAUACUUAGUUUAGGGGCAUUGCAACCGGGUGAAGUCCGAAAAUAUGGCACAACUAUUGCUCCAGGAUUAUAUGCACCAGUCCAUCAACACUUUUUUGUUGCUCGUAUGGAUAUGUCAGUUGACUGUCGACCUGGAGAAGCAUUCAAUCAGGUUGUUGAGGUGAAUGUCAAGGUUGAAGGACCUGGAAAGAGUAAUGUUCACAAUAAUGCAUUCUAUGCUGAAGAGAAACUGCUCAAAUCAGAAAUGCAGGCAAUUCGUGAUUGUAAUCCUUCAUCUGCCCGCCAUUGGAUUGUUAGAAACACAAGAACUGUCAACAGGACAGGGCAGUUAACGGGUUACAAGUUAGUACCUGGAUCAAAUUGUUUACCGCUGGCUGGUUCUGAGGCAAAGUUUUUGAGAAGGGCUGCUUUCCUAAAGCACAAUCUUUGGGUUACACCUUAUGCACGUGAUGAGAUGUAUUCUGGAGGAGAGUUUCCAAAUCAAAAUCCCCGUGCUGGGGAGGGAUUGGCGACUUGGGUUAAGCAGAAUCGUUCUCUGGAAGAAACUGAUAUAGUGCUCUGGUACGUAUUUGGAGUGACACACAUUCCUCGACUAGAAGACUGGCCUGUGAUGCCUGUUGAACGCAUUGGGUUUAUGCUCAUGCCUCAUGGGUUUUUCAACUGCUCACCGGCCAUUGAUGUCCCUCCUAGUGCAAGCGAUAUGGAUCUUAAGGACAAUGGUGUGGCUGCAAAGCCUGUGCAGAAUGGGCUCCUUGCCAAGAUUUGAAGGAAAGCUGUCAAGUAGUCUAGUUGGUGGUUCAUGGUUGUGGUUGGGUAAUAGAAUGUCUCAAGCAGUUUUAGAGAUCAGUGCCUAACCUUCAUGGCUUAGCAUCUGAUUAAAUUGUAUUUGUGUUACGGUGUCCACGCCUGUUUUCAACACUAAUAAAGUUUCCUACUUUUGAGUUCCAAAAUUUAUUGGUUGAAUCUUUUAAAAGACCAUUGCUACACCCUUUUAUUAAUUGAUGGAAUAAAUCUGAUCCUUUUACUGGUGAAA